AUGGACGAGAAACCCCCCAACCCGGCGAAGGCCGUGGUCGACACAACCGCCCAAGCCGCCUCCAAGGCCAAAACUGUGCUCUGGAGCGACCUCCCCAAAUGGAUGCACGACAAUCACUACAUCCACAGCGGCUACCGCCCGCAGUCCAACUCGUACUACACCUCCGCCACGAGCAUCGGCUCGCUGCACAACGAGACCGUCAACAUCUGGACGCACCUUAUCGGCGCCGUCGCCGCCGGCAUCUCCGCCAUCACGCUCUUCUACGCCAUCACGCCGCGCUUCGAAUUGGCCACGACGCAGGACGUCAUGGUGUUCUCGUGUUUCUUUCUCGGCGCCGUGACGUGUCUAGGCAUGUCGGCGACGUAUCAUACGAUUUCGAAUCAUUCGAAGGCGGUGGCGAAGUUUGGGAAUCGGUUGGAUUACAUGGGGAUCAUCUUUUUGAUUUGGGGGAGUUUCAUUCCGUCGAUUUAUUAUGGCUUCAGUGUUGAGCCGAAGCUGGUGAAGGUGUAUUGGUCGAUGAUCACCACAAUCGGCGCAGGCACGCUCAUCGUGGUGAUGCACCCCAAGUUCAGAUCACCUCAAUGGCGACCUUUUCGAGCAUUCAUGUUUGUCAUGAUGGGGUUGAGCGCUGUCUUUCCCGUCAUUCACGGCGUCAAGCUAUACGGCUACAAGCAAAUGGAAAGUCAAAUCGGACUCUCAUGGGUCGUCAGUCAAGGAGCUCUGUACAUCAUAGGUGCAGUCUUUUAUGCGUGUCGAAUCCCUGAGAAGUGGAAACCGGGGGCAUUUGAUCUCUUCGGAAGCUCGCAUCAGAUCUUCCAUGUGCUGGUGGUGGUGGCUGCAGCUACACAUCUCGUGGGCUUGCUGAAGGCGUUCGACUAUGAGCACAGCUCUCGAACAUUGGAAACGGCCGGCAAGCUGUUAUCAGGUGGCUGA